AGAUGACCUGAAGAGACACUACACCCUGGGGGAGUUCUGGGUGGAGGUGGAGAUGGAGGAUCUCGCCAGUUUUGACGAGGAUCUGUCCGACUGUCUCUACAAGCUGCCGUCUGAGAACCUGCCUCUGCUGGAGGAGGCUGCGAAGGAGGUGGCGGAUGAGGUGACUCGUCCUCGUCCUGCAGGGGAGGAGACGGUCCAGGACAUCCAGGUCACGCUGAAGAGCGACGCACAUCACGCGUCUAUCCGCGGCCUCAAGUCGGAGCAGGUGUCUCGUCUGGUGAAGGUGCACGGCAUCAUCAUCUCCGCCACCGCGGUGAAGGCGAAGGCCACCAAGGUGUGUCUGCAGUGUCGCGGCUGCCGCAACGUCGUCCCCAACAUCCCCCUGCCUCCGGGCCUGCAGGGUUACGCGCUGCCGCGCAAGUGCAGCAGUGACAAUCCCGGCAGAGUGAAGUGUCCCGUGGACCCGUACUUCAUCAUCCCGGACCGCUGCGUCUGUGUCGACUUCCAGACUCUCCGCCUGCAGGAGUCUCCAGACGCCGUGCCUCAUGGAGAGAUGCCCCGUCACCUGCAGCUCUACUGCGACCGGUACCUGUGUGACCGCGUGGUCCCCGGAAACAGAGUGACCAUCAUGGGAAUCUACUCCAUCAAGAAGAUGGCGGCUGCGAAGGCCAAAGGCAAAGAGAAGAGCGCCGGCGUGGGAAUCCGAGCGUCUUACCUGCGCGUGGUCGGCAUCCAGAUGGACACAGAAGGCGCCGGUCGUGGAGCUACCGGGUCCGUGUCUCCACAGGAAGAGGAGGAGCUCAGAGCGCUCGCCGCCACUCCCAACGUCUACGCGUCUCUGGCUCGCUCCGUCGCUCCGUCCAUCUACGGCAGCGACGACCUGAAGAAGGCCAUCACCUGUCUGCUGUUCGGAGGCUCCAGGAAGAGGCUGCCCGACGGUCUGACGCGUCGAGGCGACAUCAACCUGCUGAUGCUGGGAGAUCCCGGAACCGCCAAGUCUCAGCUGCUCAAGUUUGUGGAGAGGUGCUCGCCGAUCGGGGUUUAUACGUCGGGUAAAGGCAGCAGCGCCGCCGGUCUGACCGCCUCCGUGCUCAGGGACCCCAACACCCGCGGCUUCAUCAUGGAGGGCGGAGCCAUGGUGCUGGCCGACGGCGGAGUCGUGUGCAUCGAUGAGUUUGACAAGAUGAGAGAAGACGACAGAGUGGCGAUCCACGAAGCCAUGGAGCAGCAGACCAUCUCCAUCGCCAAGGCCGGCAUCACCACCACGCUCAACUCUCGCUGCUCCGUGCUGGCCGCCGCCAACUCCGUGUUCGGCCGCUGGGACGACACGAAGGGCGAGGACAACAUCGACUUCAUGCCCACCAUCCUGUCCCGCUUUGACAUGAUCUUCAUCAUCAAAGAUCAGCACGACCAGCAGAGAGACAUG